AUGCUCCACUCUGUUGUUGCAUCUCGCAGACAUAGGGCAAGGUUCACAGAGCAGAAGUCCCAGCGCUUUCAAGAAACUGAGUGGCGUUUUACUCGCAUUGAGCCUAAAAGCAUCUUUUGGCCCAUGUUUUCUUCCGCUUAUGCCAGUCCUUUAAUGGCCAGUAUUCUGGGAGAAGGAUUGCCGGUGCGCAUCACGGAGGGGGUAAAUCGGAGGGACCGUAAGCAGCGCCGGCAGCCGGGCUCUGCCAGCUCGUACCGGGGCGGCCUAGGAGGCCGCGGUCCCCGGGCGUUGCCCGCUUCUCCCGCAGGACUUGGAGAAGCGCACGCCCCUCCGGGGCCCGCAGGCUGGCUGCCCUGGCCCAUUUUAGCUUGGGGCAACCAGCCGGCCUGCGACGAGAGGCAACGGGAAACCCAGCGCUUGCUGGCAGAGCCAGUCCCUGGGAUAAAAGCGGAGCCAGAUGAAAGCAACGCACGUUAUUUUCACGUGGUCAUUGCAGGUCCACAGGAUUCCCCCUUUGAGGGUGGGACAUUUAAACUUGAACUAUUCCUUCCAGAAGAAUAUCCAAUGGCAGCUCCUAAAGUACGUUUCAUGACCAAAAUUUAUCACCCUAAUGUAGACAAGCUGGGAAGAAUAUGUUUAGAUAUUUUGAAAGAUAAAUGGUCCCCAGCUUUGCAGAUUCGUACAGUUCUGCUAUCAAUCCAGGCUUUGUUAAGCGCUCCCAAUCCAGAUGAUCCACUAGCAAAUGAUGUAGCUGAGCAAUGGAAGACCAAUGAAGCCCAAGCCAUAGAAACAGCCAGAGCAUGGACUAGGCUAUAUGCCAUGAAUAAUAUUUAAAUGCGCUUUGAACAUCAAGUGUGCAUCACUUCUCCUGUUCUGCCAAGACCUCUUCCUUUUUUGUUUGCAUUUAAUGGACACAGUCUUAGAAACGUUACAGAAUAAAAGCCCAGACAUCUUCAGUCCUUUGGUGAUUAAAUGCACAUUAGCAAAUCUGUGUCUUGUCCUAAUUCACUAUUGUACCGCAUGAGCAGAGGCUAGAAGUAUCAUCUGGAUUGUUGUGAAAUUGUUUAAAAGCAGCAGCACAUCUCUGCUUUUAAUCAUUUUUCCCAUCAUGGUUUAAGUAUAAGCACUGUGAAUGAAGGUAGGCAGGGUUAGCUGUGGGGCUUUUUGUUUUAAUUUUGUGGGCUCCUCCUCCCUUUUUAUGGUGAUGCUAAUUGCAUUGGUAAAAGCAGCUAACCAGUUAUACUUUAGAAUAUACCCUCUAGCCCAGUCUAACUUAGACGCUGUAGAUGGACAAGCUUCAUUGUUUGAACAAAAAAUGGGAACAUUAAACAUCCAUCACCUUCACUAAUAAUAUUGUGAUUCUGCUGUCAAGUGUAGAAAAAUCCCUCCAAGAAAAAGCUUGUGACCAUUUUGUAUGGCUUGUCUGGAAACUCUCCUGUAAAUCUUAUGUUUUAGUAAAAUAUUUUUUGUUAUUCUACUUUGCCUUUGUACAGUUUAUUUUGCUGUGUUUUCAUUUCUCUAAUGUGACAAUCGUAUUUAAAAAAAUUGAAACCAGAAUUGACAAUUUGUCUUCACCAGUCUGACAGAUAACACAGUGAAGAGGUGGAAUUCGUAAGAUUUUUUUGCUUCUGUUUGCUGACUUUUUUUAUUAGCUUGUGUUAUGUGGGUGACCUUACCUGGCCAAUUUAAUAUGAAAUUGCAUUUGGAGUGACUUUUAGAAACAAGUCUCUGAUGUAACCAGCGUAACCAUAAUUUUAGUAAUGCAUUGAUAUGCAUUUUCAUGGAAGUAACCAUAAGAGAGCAAACGGCAGCACUAAUUAUGAGUAUCUGCAUACCUUCUCUUUGCUGGUUGUCAUCAGAUGUUAGGCUACACGGUUUUCUACUUUCUUUAAUUCCUGCCCUCUAUUAACAUGAAAUACUAGUGUGUAGAACCACUGUUACAGCCAGCUUGUGUUUCGACUGAUGUUUGCUUAACCACUUACAGCUAGCGCCUCAUACCACUGGUUUUUUCUACAAGCCUUAUUAAGCUACUUGCUUGAGCAACUGGUCUGCUUAAACGGCAACAAAGCUUCUUUAUUGGAGGGAAGGGAGGUGAUUAAAAACUUCCUUCUCAUCCUUGUUUUUUGUGUAUGCAUCUUUUCUGGGAACCCAUCUUAUUGCUUCCCUUAAUUUCUUGUACCCCUAUUCUCUUCCUUUCCCCAAGCCCUCUCCCUCACGGGGGGGAAAAAAAAGCUUAAAAGCUCUUGGCGAGGCCAGCCUGAAGUGUAUGAAUGGCGGCUUGCAGUGGUAGCAAUGGGGGGUGUUUUGUCAUGCAAUUCAGCGGUAUGGUUAUGUUGUCUAUUGGUAUACUCCCUCUUUCACCUCUUCUUACUCUAGUGUCAUCUGAAAUUUCUAUAGAAUGUGGUGUAUUUAUUGUGCUCUUAUGUAAGAUGAAGAAUAUCUAUUAAAACUAUGUUUUCCAAC